AUGACAUUGAUUAUAUAAUCAACCAUUCUGUCGAUAUAUAAUGGUGUUACCUAAACUUAGUAAAGUUACUUUUUACUGUUUGAUAUAUUCUUACUUUUGGGACAAUAUGGAUAAAACUUAAAGUUGGUUUUAUUAAUAGGUAGUAUUUGUAUGUCAAAUGAAUUACUAAUUGCUGAUGAUAAUGUAAAUUUUAUAUUAAUUUAGAUUAAAUGUUAUUACAUGAGUAUGCGAUUUAUUCUUAGUGCCAAUGUAUUAAUGGAAAAACAAAAAUCUAUAUAUUUUUUAAGUUGCCUCUUUUAUUUACUAUUCAGGUCCCUUUUAUACUUAUAACCAUUGUCGUAUUUGACUAUAUUUGGAUAUUUAAUGAUUUUGUUAUAAUGUAAAGUUUUAAAUAAUGCAAAAGGUCUUUAUUAAAAAAUAAGUGAUGGAAAAUCUAAGAAUCACUAGACACAAUAAAUUUUUGACUUUUUUAAAGCAAGUCUCCCUCUUCCACUCUGUAUAAUUCAAAAUAAUUGUAUUCAAUUUAACUAUUACCUAGAAUUUUUAUUUAAAACAGAUUAGUUUAUAACUGAAUAUAUAGAAAUCACACCUUAAAUUAUAAGACUUGUAUCUUCAGAAAAGGAUAAAGAUAGCAUAACUAAUUAUUUAUCAAAUAGAAGAACAAAUAGCAAUAAAUCUUAUAUGUAUUAAGGAAGAAAGAGAUUGAGCAAUUGCAACGUCCUUUAGAAUGAUAGUCAAAUUGAAUUCUAUUGCAAUGUUAAAAAUUACUUUCCUGUUGAUAUAGAAGUUGCAGAAAUAAUUUGGGAAUAAUAACCAGCUACAAUGCUCAUUUUUUAAACUUAAGAAUAGAGAUAAGAUUAGAUUUAGAUUAAGGAAUUACAAUAGAGAGAUUAAUAUAAAGAUGAAUUAUUGGCUAGUGUAUCACAUGAUUUCAAGACACCAAUUAAUGGAAUAGUUGCUAUUGUUUAAUUUUUAGAAUAGUAAGCAUUAUAAAUUUAAUUUAAGGAUUGUUAUUGACUAAAAUGAACUUAAUUAUUUAAAAAUAUUAAAGAAAUGGGCUUAAUUAUUGUUAUUUAUGAUUAGUGAUAUUUUGGAUUUUUCUAGAAUUUAGAAUAAUACUCUAAGAUUAACAAACACUACUUUUUAUAUAUAAGUUAUUGUAUAAGAGAUAAUUGAUUUAAUAUCUUUAUAAGCCAAUUAAAAAGGGAUUUUAGUUGAAAAGAAAAUAACAUUUGGAGAUAGAAUGAUGUAUUCAGAUCCGAAUAGAAUUAAAUAGAUUUUAUUAAAUUUAUUAAGUAAUUCACUAAAAUUUACAGAGAAAGGCAAAAUAAAUAUAUUAGUUGAUUAUAAAAAUACAGAAUUAGAUAGUUAAUUUAAAAUUAUCACAAUAAGUGUUUCAGAUACAGGAGUAGGUAUUCCAGAUAAUAUUAAACCAAAGUUAUUUUAAAUGUAUGGAACAUUUGAUUUUACUAAUAAUGGGUCAAAUAAACAUGGUAUUGGAUUAGGAUUGGUUAUAUGUAAGAAAUUGGUAGGAUUAUUGGGUCCUUCUGAUAAAAUUGAAUUGAAAAGUUAAGUUGGUAUUGGAUCAACUUUUAGUUUUGAUGUAUAUAUCGAUAUUGAUUAAAGAAAUAGUGUUUCUAAAUAAUAUCAAAAGGAAAUGACUAAUAUUUAUAAAUAAGAUACUAAAUAAAGUUUAUGUGAUCAUUAAAAUACUAAUUUACUCAUAACUUCUUAAUUCACUAUAUUUAAUUAAACUAUCAAUUAAACAACAAUAAACAAUAAUUUAGGUGGAAUAACAAAAAAACUUAAUAAAAAAUCUAUAUCAACUUUAUAAGAGAUUAAUGAUAAAAAGGCAUCACAUAAAGCCUAAUAAUUUAGAACUUUAAAUCCAAAAAAACCAAAAAAAAAAUCAUUAAUCUAAAGGGAAAAUUCAAAUAACAAUAUAUCUCUAAUUUUAGAAGACUCUGAUAAUUCCAAAACAAGAAAUAUUGAAUACUAUUUAGAGUUUCAUAAUGAUAUUACUUAUGCUACAUAAAUAUUUAAAAAUCAAAGAUAAAUUGAAAUAAAUAACAGUCCUAUGAAUACUCCAUGUUAUUAAAAUGAAAGUUCAGAAUCUCCAGCUAUGCAUAUUAGAUAGCGUAAACCAUUAUAAUUUACUGAAUCUAUUGAGGAAAUGAUGAAAAUACUUUUUCCAGAACCAUGCACAAUUUUAGUUGUUGAUGAUUCACCAGUUAAUGUGUUUGCAUUUAGAUUAAUCAUGCAGAAAUAUGAUUUUAUAACUAUUGAAGAAGCAUACAAUGGAGAAUAAGCCCUUUAAAAAAUUAAGAUGAAUAGAUAAAAUGAUAAGAAGUAUUAAUAUAUUUUCAUGGAUUUAACAAUGCCUAUAAUGAAUGGAUAUGAAGCUACUGAAUAGAUUAGAAUUAUGGUAUCAUAUUUUAUGUUAUUUUUAUGUGAUUCUAGGAGAAGGAUAAUUUAAUAGAAAAAAGUUACAUAAUUGCCCUUACAGGAUAUGAUGAUCUCAAAGAGAAAGAGAAAUGUUAAUAAAAAGGUUUUGAUGCAUUUGUUUCUAAGCCUAUCAAAAUUAUUGAUAUUAUCUCUGUAGUUAAUGAAGUAAAAAAUAUAAAAGACCCUUAAAUUUGA